AAAAUAAAGGUAGGCGUCAAAACCAACUUUCCUUCGACGUUCCAAAAAUAGAGAAUGCUACGCAUGCGUCAAAAUAGUUAAUUCCAAAAUGGCAGCUGAGCCGUUGACCCUGGACGACCUAAUAGGCUCAGCAACAGAUAUCAACAACUAUGCUAGCAAUGAUGCUCAAUCGCAUGCAGUGGCUAAUCAAGUUAACAGAGAGAUAGGAGGACCCAAUACUGCAGUGAAGUUACUGAUCCAGCGACUGCAACUACGUCAAGAAGUUGUCACACUACAAGCUUUGAAUGUUGUGGAAUGUUGUGUAAAGAAUUGUGGAGUGAAGUUUCACAAUGAGAUUGGAAAGUAUAAAUUUAUCAACGAACUCAUUAAACUACUUUCACCAAAGUAUGAUGGAGAUAUUACACCACAAAGUAUUAAGGAUAGAGUGACUGAGUUACUAUUCGCAUGGUAUGUCGGUCUACCACAAGAAAAGAAAAUCGCAGAAGCUUAUAAAAUGUUAAAACAGCAAGGAAUCAUCAAAAGAGAUCCUGUUGAUCCAUAUAAAGAGGGUGCACCACAUCCAUCGCGUGAACCUCAAAAUACUGUUUUUGAAGAUGAAGGUAAAUCCGAGCUACUGAAGACUCUACUUACAAGUACGAAUCCCGAAGAUCUUCAUUCUGCAAAUAAAUUAAUAAAAACGAUGGUCAAGGAGGAAGAACAACGGCUAGAGAGAGUCUCAAAGCGUAUUCAAGAUUUGGAAACAGUAUCUAAUAAUGUGAGACUUCUCGAUGAUAUGCUAGCUAAACACUGCAGUGAUGUAACACAAUCGUCUCUUGAGAUAAUGCAUGACUUGUAUGAAAGUUGUUUAAAAAUGCGCCCAGAAUUAUUUCGGCUUGCUAGCAGAAGUGCUGAAGAUAAAGAUGAUUCUAUGGCUGAGAUUUUAUGUGCCAGCGAUGAGUUGACCAGAGUCAUCGAUUUAUACAAAGAAAAAGUAUUGCUACAAAAAUUCGAUGUUAGUGAUCAAAAACCAUACCAUAUUACUCCGACAGAUAACCAAAAUGCGAACACAAGCUCUUUGCUUGAUCUUGGUUUUGAUGCACCGCAACCUACGCCCCCUUCAACUCAAGCAAACAACACAUCCAGUGAGACUAGCCUCUUAGAUGAACAAUUUAAAUUGCUAGGUUUAGAUGUAGCUGACCAACCUGCGUCCCAACCUUCGCAACAAAAUAAUAUGUUUACUCAACUUUCCCAACCACAACAACCACAACAACAACUUAGCUCUGGAAAUUUUCAAAUGCAGCCACCUAUGUCGUCAGUGGGCUAUCCUAAUCAACCGCCGUUUCACCCAAUUGCAACCACCGCUUUACCAACGAACACCCAACCGUUAAUAAGUGCGGCGCGUCCGCCUGUGGCUGACGCAAGUGCCACUCCGCCUAUGUCUGCACCGAAUAAAAACAGCGCCACUGUUCCACAAAGACGGGAUUUAUUAGACUUUGAUGUUUUCAGUGAAUUUAGAUCACCAGAGUUGACCAAGACGAAAAACGGUUCUGAUAAGACGGACGCACCAAGUCAAUCAGCAGUCGAUAAUUUGUUGGACAUCAGUAUUGAAGAUGAAAACAAAAAUAACAACCAAUCACAACCUAGUCAACAAACCCCUGUGUUAACGCAAACUCCUGCACUGGUAUCCAAUGCUCCCCCAGAAGCAGUCAAUCAUCUGGUACAAAAUGCGCAGGAAAAUUAUUUGGUUCCUCUAGAUGCUCUCAAACCAACUGAUCAUCCUCCAAUUCCCAUACACGACAAAGAUAACAUUAAAUCUUUUUUAAACAUUGUUCAAGAUACUCGUCCUGGAGCAAACACUAAUGUUAUUGCCACCAUUCUUUCCACACUUUCUACUCAUACUGUCGCCGUCAAAGAUUUCGCUAUUCAAGUUGCUGUACCAAAGGUAAUGAGAGUGAAGCUUCAACCAGCUACAUCAAACGAACUUGCUCCAUUCAAUCCGAUGCUACCUCCUCAAGGCAUCACGCAGAUCAUGCUCAUCGCUAACCCGGUUAAGGAAAAUGUCCGACUACGCUUCAAGAUUUCUUACGUCAUCAACGGUGUUUCUCAUGUUGAAAGUUCCAGUAUUGACCAACUGCCGAUCAGGUGAUGCUGUUAAAAUUGAAAACUUUAAUAUCGCCUUUUAAUAUUUCAUCAGUUUCAUUCUUCUAAAUGUUUUGUAGUACUUUGAGGGAAGUAAUAAUUUUCGUGAGCUUGACAAAUCCUGAUAUUUCGCGAGAAUUAAAUUUCGCAAAAAAAAAGGAAUUUGAUGACAUUUUUAUCCUUACUUUUAGUUUUUUAAUGGCUUUUUAUGUAGGAGAUUUAAAAAAAAAGUUGAAAUUCACAUAUCUAUUAUAUAAGAGCUACUUAAAUCAGAAAGAAAAAAUUAGUGGAAAUCGUUCUUCAAAAAAGUAAAAUUUGUACAUUUCGCGAAUAUUGAAUUUUUCAAUAAUUUUCGCGAAAUUGACAAAACUAUCGCAAUCUAGGAUAUCCAAUUCCCGCAAAAAUUAAUUCCCUUUAGGUACUAUUUGUUAUUCAAGUGGUGCUUUACUUUAAACUUUAAACCUAAUGUUAAAGACGUUAGUCCUACAUUGCGCAGGAAGUUGUUGAAAGCUACAUCCUUGCACUAAAUAAGAAAAAUUUUCGUUUAAUGUGUUUCUUUCGGCAAGAGGGGUUUCUAACGGUAACUUUUCCACUUACCAGGCUUCCUGUCCUGCAGUGGCAUAUCUGAUUCUUCGUUUCUUUUAUGUUUGUACCUUUUUUUUUGUGCUGUAUUUUUAUCUAUUAGAAUAUACUAUAUGAAUUAGUUUUUUCGCAGAAUUUAGUGUAAUCUUGAUCCUGUUUGUUUUUUGUUCUAUUUAUUUAUAUACCUGUCUUUAAUUCUUAUUGUUUUAUCACGUAAAAGGUGAAUUCGUUUGAGUCACAAGAAGAGUCGAAAAAAAAAAUCUUUCUCGUUGGUACUUACCUGAAGCAUGUUGUAGUUUUUUAGAUUUAAUGAAUUGUAAUUUUCCAAUUAAAUAGAAAAGUUAAAAAUUAAU